CCUCUGUUGCUGCUGGUUUUAAGCACAAUUCAAAGUCAAGUGUAGUUUUUUAACGAGUCAACCUCCGGAGAACCGAGCCGAGCACUCAAACCCCCCGUAGCCGAAAAAGAGCUCAGUUUGUGGGAUAUAAAGUGUUCAGAGGAGCCGCUAAGAACCAGGCGGUACCGGGGACAUAUAACCGGCUAUUUGUGCCAUGUUUUUCUAACGGAUUAUUUGAUGAAGCCGACACCUGCAGGAUGAAUGGAUAUGAAUCUCCAGCUCUUGCAUCUGGCAUCUUCGGCUCCUACAGCUCCCAGACCAACGGCCAUGGCUCUCAUUCUCCAGAGCCUCCUAAAAAUAAAGCCAAGUCCGGUGCCAAAGUUCUCUACGAACAACGAAAACACUUGACCAAAACCAGCAUCAACAGCCUGACGGACACGUCGCAGUACCACGUGGAGCACCUGACCACGUUCGUGUUGGACCGUAAAGACGGGAUGAUCACGGUGGACGAUGGCGUUCGGCGUCUCCGUCUGCUGGACGCCAAAGGAAAGGUCUGGACUCAGGAGAUGCUGCUACAGGUGGAGGAGAAGACAGUCAGCCUCAUAGACCAGGAGACAAAGAACGAGUUGGAGAACUUCCCCAUCGGGACGGUGCAGCACUGCCAGGCGGUGAUGAACUCCUGCAGCUACGACUCCAUCUUGGCUCUGGUGUGUAAAGACUCGGCACAGAGCAAACCGGACCUGCACCUGUUCCAGUGUGACCACAUCAAGGCGAAUCUGAUCCACGCAGACGUAGAGAGUGCCAUGAUCGAUGCCAAAGGAGGAAAAGUGAAGAAGAGACCGGAGACGCUCCGGAUGAUCCUGAAGAGUGAUGGGGUCAUCCCCCCUCCCCCUGCUGCUCCCGCCCCUGAACCACCGGUAUCGUCCAAUCAGAUGGAUGUAAAGAGUCGAGCGGCCGCCUGGUCAGCCUGGACCAAUGAGCAGCAAGACUAUGAGAGGCAGCAACAGAUACCAGAGGAGGACGGAGAGAUGGACACUGCAGCCAGAGUGGACCGAGACGUGCAAAUCCUGAACCACGUCCUAGACGACAUUGAGUUCUUCGUCACCAAACUUCAGAAGGCUGCCGAGGCGUUCGGCGAGCUCUCCAAGAGGAAGAAGGUCAAGAAAGGAAAGAAGAAAGGUCCGGGAGGUGAGGAGCCAUUCUGCUUUUUAUUAACCCAAGAUAGACUCCACCAGACUCCAUUGGGGGGUCUACUGAACAUGUGUGUGUUGUGUGACCUGCAGGGUAAACUGAAGGAUCACAUCCAGAACCCGAGCGCCGUGGACCUGCUUCACUUCCUCUUCUCUCCCCUCCGCAUGGUGGUCCAGGCAUCGGGCAGCGUGGAUCUGGCUCGCAGCGUUGUGGUUCCUCUGCUGACCCGAGACGCCAUCGACUUCCUGCACGCCGCGGGGACGCCCGAGGAGAGACACCUGUGGGUUGCCCUGGGAGACGGCUGGACCAAAUGCAGUGAUGGCCCGGUUCCGGCGUCGUCGGCGUUCCCGUCCAGAGAACAGGAGCUGACCCAGCUGGCCGAGAGUCUCGCCAACGCUGAGGUCCAGAGACAAGACGAGCUCAGGACCAGACUGGAGGUUUGGAUCUACACACACACAUUCAGGAGUUUCGAUGCCGACAGCAGAGUCCAACCAAACCUGUUUGCCAAAUCUAAAUAUGACUUUGUGGCGAGAAACAACACGGAGCUGUCGGUCCUCAAAGACGAGGUCGUUGAGGUGGUUGACGACAGGAAGCAGUGGUGGAAGGUGCGUAACGGCUGCGGGGCGUCCGGCUACGUGCCAAACAACAUCCUGGAGAUCACCAAAGCCGUGGACAUCACCGGCAGAGGAGAGCCCAUCUACAGCCACACCAUCCAGCUUAUGAUGCCAAAGAAGGAGUUUGAGUUGUUCAAGCAACUACUGGGAGAGUUGAACGAGAAGCAGACUACCAGGACCGACUACAUCUCCAGUAAACCGGUAGCGACUCCCAUGCCGCCCCCACCGGCGCCCACGCCGCCACCGGCGGCGCCCACCAGGCUCCCCACGCCGCCCGGCGCGCCCCGCGCCGAGCCCGCCUGGCCGGCCACUGCCACCGGCAGCACCGUCAGCCGCCAGAACAGCACCACGUCCAGCGACAUCGGCAGCGUCGCCAUGAGGGAGAACAGCAACCAGAGGCCGCCGCCUGUCAACCGCAGGAAAUCCAACAUGGAGGAGGUUCAGGACGAGCUGAUGCACAGACUGACUUUGGGUCGCAGCGCUCAGAAGAAGAUUCAGGUUUCUUCUCGCAGCGGCGGCAGCCUGCCGUCCAACAGCAUCAGCUACGACUCGUCGCCUACCGACGUCAAGGCCUGGCUGACGGCCAAAGGCUUCAGUCCAGUCACCAUCACCAGCCUCGGCGUCCUGACCGGCGCUCAGCUGUUCUCUCUCAACAAGGAGGAGCUGAAGACGGUUUGUCCCGACGACGGCGCUCGAGUCUUCAGCCAGGUCACCGUCCAGAAGGCCGCUCUGGAGAAGAGUUCAGGCUCUGAGCUCCAGGAGAUCAUGAGGAGGCGGCAGGAGAAACUGGCGGCCAACACCUGGGACUCAGGGGUGGAGUCUUUUGACGAAGGCAGCACCCACUGAUCUCCAAACAGCUUCCUCCCUCCCUCCUUCCCUCCCUCCCUCCCUCCCUCCCUCCCUCCCUCCCUCCCUCCCUCCCU